AUGGCAGCCACGGCUACCUCUGUAACUCUCCUCCUCUUCCUCCUCCCCCUGCCAGUCGUAAGCACUACCACCGCCGUCACGUUCAACAUCACCAACCGAUGUUCCUACACCGUGUGGCCGGCGGCUCUGCUACUGGAGGGUAACAAAUUGCUAGAGGGCGGCGGCGGCGGCAUGCGGCUGGACCCAGGGAAGACAUGGACCCUCAACAUGGCUGAUGACACCAGUAGCGGGCGCAUCUGGGCACGAACAGGCUGCUCGUUCGACAGCAAAGGCAACGGGUCGUGCCAGACAGGUGACUGCGGCGGCCUGCUCGCCUGCAAGACCAGUGGUGAGCUGCCACUCACAACUGCUGAUUUUGAGCUCAACCAGCAUGGCAGUAACACUUUCUUCGAUAUCUCACUCCACGACGGCUUCAACGUACCCAUGGAGUUCCUGCCAAUGCCGGUCAAGGGGCAAGGACUAGGGUGCAGCAAGGGGCCGCGUUGCGUGGCCGACAUCACGUCGCAGUGUCCGAGCAAGCUCAAGGCGCCGGGAGGCUGCAGAAGCCCAUGUCGAGUGUUCAACGAUGAGUCCAUGCACUGCUGCCUCGGGCCCCGCUGUAAACCCACCAAAUACUCGACCUUCUUUGUGCGGAUGUGCCCGCAGGCAUUAAGCUUCUCCAACCAUGCUCCCAAAGAAACCGACUUCAGUUGCCCGACAGGAGUCAACUACCAGGUAGUCUUCUGCCCACCUAUCAAUCUAGCAUCUUCGCCGGCUCCAAGUCCUCCUAAUUCAACUGCUAUUGGGCCAUCAAGCACAGGACCCUCAUCCAAAAAAGUAGACACAGUUGUUUCAAUUGCAAUUGCAGGGUCUGUAGUCAGUUUCAUUUUAACUACCACAUUCAUCCUUUUCGUCGUACAUCGAAGACUAACACGACGACGCCAUGAGAUGGAGGAAGAGGAGGCAGAGUUCGGUAAGCUGCAAGGAACACCGAUGAGGUUCACGUUUCAACAGUUAGAUGUGGCAACCGAGCAAUUCAAAGACAAGCUUGGGGAAGGUGGAUUUGGUUCUGUUUACAAGGGACGGCUAGGUGAGGAAAGGAUUGCGGUAAAACGUUUGGAUCAAGCUGGACAAGGAAAGAGCGAAUUCUUGGCAGAGGUUCAGACAAUCGGCAGCAUUCAUCAUAUCAACCUGGUGAGGCUGUUUGGUUUCUGUGCUGAGAAAUCCCAUAGGCUCUUGGUUUAUGAGUAUAUGCCAAAAGGAUCAUUGGACAAGUGGAUCUACUGUCGACAUGACAAUACUGCUCCACCAUUACAAUGGAGGGUGCGAUGCAGGAUUAUUACUAACAUAGCUAAGGGUCUCUCUUAUCUUCAUGAGGACUGCAUGAAGAGAAUUGCUCAUUUGGAUGUCAAACCACAAAAUAUCCUAAUAGAUCACGACUUCAAUGCUAAAAUUUCUGAUUUUGGUCUGUGUAAGCUCAUUGAUAGGGAUAUGAGCCAAGUGGUUACUAGAAUGAGAGGCACACCUGGAUAUUUAGCCCCUGAAUGGUUGACAUCACAUAUCACGGAGAAGGCCGAUGUCUAUAGUUUCGGCGUGGUGGUCAUGGAAAUCAUCAGUGGAAGAAAGAACCUUGACACUUCCCGUUCCGAAGAGAGCAUCCAUCUUAUUACCCUACUGGCAGAAAAGGUGAAGAACGGUCACUUGGUAGAUUUGAUUGACAAGAACAGUAAUGACAUGCAAGCACACGAGAAGGAUGUAAUUCAGAUGAUGAAGCUAGCAAUGUGGUGUUUGCAGAUCGAUUGCAAAAGAAGGCCUAAAAUGUCCGAGGUAGUGAUGGUCUUGGAAGGUACCAUGGAUGCGGAGAGCAAAAUAGAUCUUAACUUUGUUGUAACAAACCAAGCGAAUUUUGGCAUUGCUGCAAAUGUGACCUCUUCGGCUCCACCUGUAGCCUCACAUCUAUCAGGCCCGAGGUGA